AUGUAUUCCGCGCUUGAAAUAGCUCUUCGUUCCGUUCGAGCAGAAGAUGAACUGAACAGUCUCGGUGCUGGUGCCCUUACAGGUGCACUAUCGCGUCCGCAAUGGAUUAAGACAGUGGUCAUCGGUGCUCUUGUCGGAUUAGCAUUAGCGGCCGCUUGGACGAUAGCGAAUCCGGAUAGCCGGCAACGAAUUUCCGAAAUAUUUGCUUGA